AUGCCGGCUAUGAUUCUUGAAGUUGUUGCAUCACAAGAUCUUUGGAUCUGGCAUGCAUUCUUUGGAACAUUUAUUGUAAAUGGCGUUGAAUACAAGUAUGGGUACUGUCUUGUUGAUGGAAUUUACGCUGAGUGGGUUGUCUUUGUGAAACCAUUUUCAAGAGAGGGAACACUAGAUUCUAAAAUAAUAAAGCUUAACAAAGUUCAGAUGGCGGCACGCAAAGACAUCGAGCGAGUAUUUGGUGUUUUGCAGAAAAGGUGGCGCAUUUUGAGCAUGCCUUGUAGAUUGUAUGAAAAAUAUCAAAUAAGAAACGUGAUGUACGCGUGCAUCAUUCUACACAACAUGAUUUUAGAGGAAGAAGGGCGUAUAAUAGUUGAAUAUUAUGGCGAGAAAACCGCAUCAAAUAACGAAUACAUUAGUAACGAAGAAAGAACGCAAAACCAAAAUCUAAUCAAGUCAAAACAAAUAAGUUCAAACCUUCGAGCUGAUUUGGUACAACAUGUUUCGAUAUUACCAAGAUUCGACUCAAUGGAAGAUGAAGAUGAAGAUGAUUGA